AUGGUGUCUACCGAUCCUGCCACUGACGUUGAUCCCAGAAAGUUCAUCACGGAAAAGGGGGCCGCACUGAAUUAUGGCCAGCUGCGUGGCCUGGUGGCCAAAUUUCAGAACGUUCCUGGUGUGAUUGGGUUGCAUGGCGGCCUUCCCCCACCGGACGCCUUCCCCAUGCUGUCGCUGGACAUCAAGCUGCGUGACGGUAGCACACUGGUGCAAGGGCAGCUGCAGUACGGUAUCCACCCGUCGGGCCUGCCUUCCCUGCGUGACUGGGCCACACGACAUGUCGCAGACCUGCACGGAGCACCCCGACCCACCACCACCAUCAUCGUGGGAGGGGCCAGCCAGGGCCUCAGCGCCCUCUUCUCCAUGCUCUUCGACCCCGGCGACAGCAUGGUGGUCGAGGAGCUGUCCUACCCCCAGGUCUCGGAGUGCCUGGCAGCGCCCGAUCGCAUCAACCUGGUUCCCAUCGCCACGAACGAUGGGGGAAUGUGUCCACUGGCAUUGACCAAGGGCCUGGAGGGCAUCAGGAAGAGCGGCACCCAGCCAUUCCCCAAGCUCCUCUACACUGUGCCAACGGCGCAGAACCCAACUGGCACGAACACAGGCUUGGAGAGGAGGAAGGAGAUAUACGAAGUGUGCAGGGCUUACGACCUCUUGAUCCUGGAAGACGACCCGUAUUACUACCUCCAGUUCCCGCACGGCUCUGGCGACGUCCCGGGCCUGCGCGGCCUGCCCCGCGCCGCCAGCUACCUCAGCCUGGACGUCGACGGCCGCGUGCUGCGCCUGGACAGCGCCUCCAAGUUCCUGGCCCCCGGUCUGCGCCUCGCCUGGCUGACCUGCCACCCGCGCCUCGCCGAGGUGGCCGCCUGUGCGGUGCAGACGCAGACCCUGGGCGCGUGCGGCGUGGCCCAGGCCAUGGCCGCCGCCCUGCUUUCCUCCUGGGGUGAGGCGGGCCUGCACGACCACCUGAGCCACGUGCAGCGGAUCUACGCCGAGCGCGCGCAGGCCAUGCACGCUGCGGCGCAGCGCCACCUGGAGGGCCUGGCGCGCUGGUCCCUGCCCCGCGCCGGCAUGUUCCUGUGGAUGACCAUUCUGGGGGUGGAGGACGCCUCGCAGCUGACGGCGGCGCUGGUGGAGGCAAAGGUCGUGGUGGCGCCGGGCCGCAUCUUCCACGCCAGAUCUGGGCUUCCAGGCACGGCAGUCCCGUGCGUGCGCCUCGCCUUCUCCUUUGAGACGCCAGAGAACAUUGAGGAGGCGGUGGCUCGCCUGGCCCAAGCGCUGCGUCUCCAUCGCGACCAGAAGUCCUGA